AUGGCGCAGCACUGGUCUUAUGACAUAUUAAAGCAUAUUGCCAUCAAUGACAAGAAUGCUCAAGACAAUUUGGAGGAUUUAAAGUCGAUCCUACAAGAAGAUAUUGGGUCGGCAAGGAAUAUGUGUCGUAUUAAAAAUAUGGCGGAUCUAAUCGACUGCUUGGAAAGACACGACGCCUUGUCGGAAUACAAUAUUGAACCACUGCGGGAAAUUGCCGAUCAAUUCGAAAACAAAGAGCUCGAAGAGGCGGUUGCAAAUUAUUUCCCACCAAAGGACUCUGUGGCCUACACUGAACCCUAUAAUCAAUAUAAGGAACAAAGAUUGGCCGAUGAAGUUCAAAAUCGCUUGAACAUCAACGAUGAAACCCAAGCAACCUCUAGACAAGUGUAUAAUGGUCAGCAAUGGCAAAAUCCUUCACCGGGUAGACCACCAAUUCCAAAUGGAUUUGGCCAAGGUCAGCAAUGGCCAAAUCCUCCACCGUCGAGACCUCCAGCACCAAGUGUUUAUCCUCAAGAGUUGACCGAUAAAAAACGUGCGGCAAUUCAUAAACUAGUUGCUAAUGAUAUUGGAAAAUUCUGGAGAGCCUUGGGCCGAGCAUUAGAACUUUCACAAGGUCAAAUGGACGCAAUAGAAAUGGAGUAUCCACGAGAUUUAGUCUCACGUGUCCACAAGAUGUUGCAGGUGUUUGAGGAAGAUGAAUGUCAUGAUCCCAGACAAAAUGUUUUGCUGCUGUGCAGAGCUUUGGAAAGUUGUCGACGAAAAGAUUUGCGCCGCAAGGUGGAGGAUAUAAUGUCACACUAA